AUGCAUGGAGGAAAGAGCUGUGCAGGGUGUGAAGAGUGUGAGAGAAAAAAAGAGAGCAAAAAGAUAAGCAUAAGUGAUGCGUUUCUGUCAAAGGCAAGAUACACAAAAAGGCCGACGUACUACACAAAUAUAAGUAUAGAUAGGGCGAGUGAGAUCGGCAAACAGCAUGCAUCGCCAUCUUCUUUUUCUGAAGCGCGGCAGUUCAGCUCCUCUCCGUUGGUUGGGGCGGAGCUAGGCAGCAAGCGCGUGCGUGAUGGGUUCUUUGUGCCUAAGAGUGGGCCUCUGUUCUCCUCUGAGGGGGAUUCUCCCAGAAAAAUUCAAAAAAUAGAAAGUCUUUCGUAUGGACUAUCUGGAUUGGCGCCACUGUCCAUGGCCCGGGAGGCGCCCAGCCAGCCUGUGCACUCCAAGAAAGUGAUUCCGGUUCCGCUGGGGAAUGCGUUUUCUUUCAAUGGCACAGCGCAGGGAGAUCUAUGGGAUAUUGACAUCACAAAAAGAGUGGGGGAUAUGCAGCCAGGCGGACUGCAGAGUGCCGGAGGAGAGGGUGAUUUUUUAAAAGCGACAUAUCCAGACUAUGCGGAAAGAGAGAGUCCGCGCAGAAGCGAGCAGGGUUUUGCAGCGCACGAGCAGGAGAUUGCGCCCAUCCGGGUUAUGGGCCAGGGCCUUUCACAUGGAGCGGAUUUAUCUAGCUAUGCAGAGGAGUCUCCUUUGGCAAGUGUGCGCAUGUAUGGGGCGGGGAUGGGAGGAAGAGAGCCGCAGCAGAAAAGAAGCCCGUCAGCCACACUACUCAACGGACAGGGCGGCAUGUUCGCAAAUGGGCUGGCUCUCCAUGGAGGCAUCGGCUCUUUUCCAGCGCCAGACUCGCUCAGCUAUCUAUCUGCAAAUACUUCUGCAAGCAGCUGCAGUAUGGGGGUGGGCAGUGAGGACUCAGUCGGAGGCUUUCGCAUGCGCACAGGUCUCGGCGUGCACAAGGCCGCGGGCACCUCCUUCUCUGGGGAGUCUCUACAUGGAAGCGCAACGCGCACUGCAUACAACCCUCUUCAAAGCACAGUCUAUCACAGCGCGCAGACAUCACAGCUUAAGCACGCGGUAAUUCUAUCCACAGCAAUUCUUCCUUUAAUUGACUUUACGCUUGACCCCAUGAAGCAGCACGCAAAGCUGAACAAAGUGCUUGGGCUUCCAAGGCUGCUGCCGCACAACUUUGUCCUGACAAAAAACAUCAUGGACCUUGUCUUUUCCAGCGGAGGGCUGCAGGCAGUGGACGAGAAAAAUCUCUGGGAGGACAUUGUAAAGGAGCUGGGUCAGAAGGCAGAGGACACGCACAAGCUUCGGAUGUACUAUGUCAUUGUGUGCUACCCGUACGAGCAGGUUGUUCACAUUGCAAAUGCAGCAGGAGAUGCCCCAAGUACCAUAAUUGCAGUGUAUAUUGAGCCAAAAAAGGCUGAUAUACUUCCUGAGAUUAUUAACAUACUUGAGCAGAAGAAAAGAAGAACGGAAGCAAAGUGCAAAGCAUCUGCCAAGAUUGUUGAAACAAGCGGUAUUUUGGAGGUCUCUGUGGUGCUCAAUGAAAUGUAUGUAAAUGGGGUGCGGACAAACCAGGAGCUGAUCGAGGCCAUGGCGCACUUAAAAGGAGCCACGUGCACAUCUGUCUCUAUGAGAAGUGUUUUCUCCUGCUUAGAGGUGGCUCUUAUUGAAAAGCAGCUUCGGACAAUUAUGACCCACUGGAUUUCUAAGAGAGUGGAGGAGGUGUCAUCCAAGGAGAUCCCAGAAAUAGAAAAAAAAGUCAUUCGAUCGUACGAGGCUAUUCUUGCUGACACUGUGGAGCGCUGCAUUACGCAGAUGAAAGGCCAAAAAGGUCUUUCUGGUGAAGAGGAGGGAAGUGGGCAUGCUGAGGAUGUGCACAGCAUAUUAAAAGUCGAGGAGACGGUAAAGAGCAAAAUAAUCUGUUUGGAAAACUGCAAAGCACACACCAGUGCGUAUGCAUAUCCAUCUAUCGACAUGCAGGACAGCUACGCUGUGCGAAGGGGUGCUUGUGUAUCACACCCGCACUGUGCGGUGCACCAGAACAUCUUCUGUCCAUGCGGAAAAACCCGAAUAAAAUUUGAUGCGUUCGCAGACAUAUACUACAGCGCGCUUCUCUUUCUGGGGAAGUCCAGCACUCUGCACGUGUCAGAAGGCACUGCUCCUCUUCUUGCAGUGUUGCUAGAAACGCUUCCACUGGAGAUGCUCUCGUUCAAGUACAAAUAUGUCUACAAAGCCAUGCUGACGCUCUGGAAUGUCCUAAAAGAGGACAAAGCAAGAGGUGUUCUUGCAGACCCGGGCGCAGGCGCCCGUUUAUUGCAGCCUGGAUUUGCCAAAAUAUCAAAAAAAGUAGCUAAGCUUCUAAGCUCUCCCAUUCUUUCCAAGCCUGACAUCAUGUCCGUGAUAUCAAACGGCCAGCUGGAGAUUAUCCUUAAAAUAGCAAAUAUGCCUGGUGGCCAUCAUAUACUAUCGCAGACGCGGAUGCAGAGAUUGUCUGAGAUAUGGAGAUAUCUUCUCUCCCUUGUGUGCAGCGGGUUCUUUAUAGAUGAGAACGCGCAUCUUCUGAAUACUGCUCUUGUUUCUCUAGACGGUCUUUCUGUGUAUCUGCAAAAACACUUGGCUGGCUCAGACGAACUGCAGGCUGUGCUUAAUCGCAUGGAUCUGGACUGUGGGGCAUGGGUACUAGAUGUGCUGGAAAAAGAUGUUUUUGCAGACUCUGUGUACAUGCUGUGUAACUUUCUAUUUUCCAAGACGCAUACCCUGAAUGUGGCAUGUCCAGAGCAUGUACUAUUAUAA